AUUCCUAAAGCUACGGGGAGCCAAGGUACUGCUGUGCGAUAAUGGUCUGAAUCCCGCUAGAUAUCCCGUUCGCUUUGUUUUAUAAAUACUCAAACAUGAAUCAAAGAUCAAUUUUUACCCAAUGAUGAUUGAGGACAAUAACAAAUAGUAAUAACAGCCCCAUCAGCAAUUCCAGUGUCACUUUAGGAUGAUUAAAAGUCUCAAUAUUUCCCCGAGAAUCUAAUGCAUUAGAUCAAGUUUACCUGUAUAGGGAAUGAACGAUCAAUGAUAAUACUACAGGACAAUAUUUUACCACCCGAUGAAGAACUGAUCAUUAACAAAUUGAAUGUUAUAUAGCAAAUAAAUUGAUAACGUUUUUUCUGGAAUUUUUAGAUUCAGUAUUAUUUGAAGGAGUACGUUAAAUGUGAAAAGGAAUUCCGCUUUUUGUUCAAAAUAUGGAGGACUGAAAUGAAAUUAAACUAAGAAAAAAAAUGACGUAAAACAUGUAAUAUGGGAUGAAUACAGUUUGAUGUAUUUUAUUCUGAAAAAAAAAGAUACUAUUCAUAUCCAUUGAAUAUUGCUUGUGUGAAACUGAAAAUAAUUCAGUUUGUGUGUUGGAUAAGCAAAUAUAUGGAUUUUAAGGCGCAUAAAGUGGAAAAAAAAGUAAAAAAAAUAACAGCAUGAAAUAUAACCGUGUUUUUGUAAAGAGAAAUAAGUUUGGCCAACUUUUCUCUAAAGACCACCUGUGUAUAACGACUCCCUGGCUCUAACGCCAAUAUAGUUUCUUUUCUGAUUUAUACGUUAGCGGUGCAAUUCAAUUUGUAGAUAUACAGGUCACCUACAAAGAAAGGCCAGUUUUGGGCUCUUUGAAGCGUUGUCUAUGUAUACAAGUUUAACUGCAUGUAUGUAAAUUCUACUAAAAUGCAUAUGUUAAUGAAGCAAUGCGUUGACUAAUAUGGAGUCUAAAUAUGGCGCUUUCAAACCAACUGUUUCUUACGUCAGUCAUGUUGCUUUUGGCUUAUGAUGCCUCAGUGACGGAACUAUCUAUGGUGUUUCUUUGUGACCCGGAUGUGCACAAUAUUUGCGAGGAUGUGAUCACUGAAAACCAGCCAGAGUUCAUUGAAAUUAACAAUAUUCACAUAAAACUGACGGGAACUGCCUUGCGUAGUUCAGGAGACUUCAGUACAGAUGUUCGGACAUUGCACCAUACCGACAACUCUCGGACUAUAUUGUUCGUUGGCAUAGGAAAUGAUCACGUUGUGAAUGCGGUCUCGUGCAUCGCACGUGCUGCAGGAGUCCCUGCUGUUGUAUACUCGACGUCAAGUCACAGGUCCAAUAUGUACGAAUACGGUGUGAUUUCUAUUCAUCCGGAUCAUGAAGGGUUAGCACGGGCUAUCUUAACGGUAAUUGGUAAACAAAUGGUACAGAACACGUUCGUGAUUUGUCAGGACUCUCUUUCGUCAGAUGGAUUUCUAAAUGUUUUUCGUCAGGAAAAUGGGCUGUAUAACAGCAGAACAAACGAGAGUCUCGACACGACGAUAUCAGUCUCAGACAGUGACCCUGACCUUCGAAAUCUCUUGCUAAAUGUUCAUGACAAUGGGUUUCGUAUGCUGAUCGUUCAUAGUUCACCCGAACUAUUUGAAAGACUUGUGAGAAUUGCAAGUGAAAUGUCAUAUUUUAAAUCUGGGUAUGCAUGGAUAAUCACGGAAGAGGCAAUGUCUUACGUUUCUGUUACAACCGAUGUUACCACGACAAUGGAGGGAAAUAUUCCUACAGGUUUGUUGGCUGUUGAUGGAUUUGAGGUGGACAAAUACAAGAACCUGCUGACACAUGUUAUCAAAGCAGUCAGACAUGAAAUUCUUGAGCUUUUGAAGAAUGCCACCAUAUAUAACCUCACAACCAGAUACCUCGCUGAAAAUUUUCGAGUCGUACUUGCGGGGAGAAAGAAUGUUUAUGGACAAUUUUUCAGUCGACUUCUUCUGAAUGAUUUACUUUUCGGGUCUGAUGGAAGACGGUUAAACAUGCAAUAUCGCUUGCUCAACUUCAUAGAAGACAAACAAGGAAAUAGUUCAUUAUGGCGGACAAUUGGUUACAUCAGAGGAAAUGACCUUGAUCUCAACACAGUCGUCUGGCCAGGUCAUUCAAUUUUUGGACCAAUGAAAAAUGCUCGUGCAUUCUUUUCAUUUGUCACAAGACCUGCGGAACCAUUUUUGUACGUCAGAGGACCGACUGAGUCACGCGAUGAGUGUGCAGCCGACACAGAAUGUCUGAAAGUGUUCACAUAUGACCCUUCCAAAAUACACCACAUUAUUGAGAGUUUUAGAAAUAAUAAAGCAAAAAGAAAUCAGUACAAAUACGAAAUACAUUGUUGUGAGGGAAUUGUUGUUGAUAUUAUACAUGCACUGUCUGUGGAACUUAAAUUUGACUUUCUCAUUUAUUUCCAAGACGACCAGAACUAUGGUAACUAUAAAAAUGGAACAUGGACGGGGAUGGUGGGUGACGUCAUCAGCGGAGCAGCCGACGUAAUGGCGGGUGCCGUGAGCAUUACGUCAGAGAGAAUGGAAGCAAUCACCUUCACGGAGGCUUUCUAUUUUGCCUCUUUCAGCAUGGUAUCUGGAAAUAACUAUCGCUUUACAACGUUACUGGCUUUCAUGAACCCUUUCGAUCCUUAUGUUUGGAUAAUGCUCGUUGUAUCAGCGACAAGCGUUGCUAUCAUCACGUCUCUGUUUGAAUGGAACAGUCCAUUUGGUUUAAAUCCAUGGGGUAAAUGCCGUAAAAAGAACUAUACUCUUGGAUCAGCAUUAACUAUGGUGUAUUCUCUUUGGUUUGGACAUACCGUGAAAACAAAGUCCCCAAAAAGUUGGCCAAGCAAGGUUUUGCAGAACUGCUGGGCGUGUUUAUCCAUUUUUGUUCUUGCAGCCUACACCGCCAACCUAGCAGCUUUCCUUGCCGGAAACGCACACCAAGAUACAACAUACAGCGUUCUUGAUGCCCAGUUAUAUUCCAAGCGUAUUGGCGUACUUCACACGAGUGCAGCAGAGGAGCAUAUCCGAACAGUAAACCCUAUCUUACAGACUCGAUUUAGGAACAACUAUCUCACAGGUUUUGAAGAAGCAUUUUAUAAACUUAGGAACGACCAGUUAGACCUAUACAUUGAUGGUACUCCAAUCUUAGAAUUUAUGUGGAACGACCAGUUAGACCUGUACGUUGAUGGUACUCCAAUCUUAGAAUUUAUGUGGAACGACCAGUUAGACCUGUACAUUGAUGGUACUCCAAUCUUAGAUGAAUUCAAAACUGCAUUUCAGAGGCUGUACAAGUCAAUCAACAGUGAGAAGGUUGAACCACCUGCUAAAGUUCUUCUAUCCAAAGUCAAGAAAAGAAAGUUUGAAAUCCAAAGCAGAAUAAGACAGGCUAGAAGUGUGCCUGCAAAUCUGUCAUCAUAUGAACUAAGAAACAGGAGAAUAAAUCACAUUUUAGAUAUAGCGUACAAAAGUUUCUACGAGACGCAAAAUGUACACAGUGACUCCGACAUUUACACAAUAUCUGGCUCGGUGGAUGAAGAAUUUGCCGGCAUUUUAUCAGAAAUAGACUUAACACAAUUGCCCAGACAAAGAAACUCAGUCUAUGAUAUAUCUGAAGAAAUUUUAUCAGAAACUGGUUAUGAUAAUCCAGUUUUUGAUUCUGACGAUAUUGAAAUAGUGUUAGAAAAUACAGGUAGAUCGGACAGGUGUGAAAGUUGCAGCAUUGAAAUAGAGGAUCCCGUAUGUAACGGACAUGUAAAUGUUUCAAGUGAAUCAGUUACCUCAAUGAACAGACAAUCACUGCAGGACAAUACAUCCCAUAACGUGCCAGAUAUUUCUCGCAAAUAUAGCGACAAUGGACAAAACAUUCCCAGUCCACGGAGAAAAGAGAGACGAUACGAGACAUGGCCGUCGCCACAAAUGCGUAAACGAAGUGUUAAAAGAACGCAAAACAAUAAUUUCAAGUCCUUUUCUAAUGUAGACAGAGAAAAUGUAUUACAUAAAAACAGAAUUGUAAAUAAGAUACCAGCAAAACAGUGUAGAACAUGUUCCUCUACUUCUUUAGAAGGUUUAACAACAGGAAAGAAUCAAAGAAUAAGUCUUAACCUUAAGGACAAUAGACUAAAAUCUGACAUUCGUAAUCACGCUAUGGCACAAACAGAAAGGAGGCGAUCAAUGGCAUUUGAUCAAGGUGCAGUGGAAGCUUUGUCUAAAGAAGACUUGUUGAUUCUAUGGAAGAGAUCCGAAAUAGACUUGCAAACAAGACUCAACAGGAUGCUGCACCAAAACAGUCAUUUGCGGCGACUGGUUCAUUUAGCAGAGGAAUACCAAAGGAACAGUGUGCGUGACAGAACAAGACAAGAAGAUAAUGGAAGUAACAGAAAAUUAUCAGCUGAACAAACAAGACUAUAUAAUGAUAGAACAAGUAAACAAGUAGAUGAAAGAACUAAACAUUUAGCGAAUGAAAAAGCAAGGCAACAAGUGAAUGACACGGGUGAUGAAAUAACAAAGGAAACAGAAAAUGAUAGAAAACGUCCAGAUGAUGAUGGGAAAAUAAUGCAAGAAAAUGAUGAAAGAUCAAGACAAGAUGACAGAAUAAAAAGGCAGGGAAAUGAAAUAUGGCAAAUAGACUUUGAAGAAGACACUGACCAAGAAGAUGACAGUUCAUUUAUAAUGACUACAAGACUAUAAAUCUUAAUUUAUUGAAUCUAUCUGUGACUAUAUAUAUAUAUAUAUAUAUAUUUAUAUAUAUAUAUUCGAAUUAUAGUAAGACACCUAAAAAUAAGUUUUCUAGUUUCCCAAUACAAGAUGAAAAUAACUGGAACACAGUUUAGGGCAAAACAAAGUACUGGUUCGAGUCGUAAAUUCGGCCAGGUCGUAAAUAUUCGGCCAUCCACUUUUAAGCUUUUUUUCGAGCCAGAUGCUUGAGGACGCAUCUGUGUCAUCACAAGCGCUUGCGUUAGCAACAAAGUCGGCAAAAAACAACAAGUUGAGGUGAAUAGAAAAAAAGUUGUC